ACCGCCACCUCCCAAACUAACACAUGGGAUUUCCCUCACCCCCAUCCACCUACAAUGAAAGCACACAGACACUAAUACUGCUCUAGAAUGUAUCUUCCAAUCUAGUGAAGUGCCUUUACAAGAAGUUGUCUAGUGUUGGUGCAGGUGGUUGUGGCUAUUUAAGGGGGAGUUUUCUGAGAGUUUAAGCAUAGUACUGUAGAGUUAGCGCAAAGUUAGGUGUUCCUCCACGGUUUUGAGAUUUCCUCUUGAGAAUUAGACGUUUAAGGGAGACCAAGUAGAAUUGGAGGGAUCUCGUAUAAGAAUUCUCUUCUGGUAUGGGUCUGUCUGGGGGUCUGGUUAGGAGAGUCUUCUUGAAGAGUCGAUCUUCUUCGAGCAUACGCAAUGGCAAUGAGAGGAAUUUUGGAAUAGAUAAGAGUAGGUGGUGUUCGGUUAGACACUACCUUUGUGGAGAUGAAUUCAAUUCAGUUACUGCAGAGGAUGAUUUAUCCUCUGUUACGGGUUCUGAAGCAACCGCAAUGCAGCAUGUGGUAGAAACUUCAAGAGAUGAAGAAAGUGUUCCAGUGAUCAAAUUAGAAGAGCAUGAAGAACCAAGUACUAAAGAAGGGAACUCACCUGCAAAGUUGUUGAGUCAAGAAGAUGCAGCUAUCUUUAUCCAAUCAGUUUUCAGAGGCUUUAUGGCAAGGCGGUUUCAUGAAGAAAUCAAAAAAACAUGCGAAGGAGAUCAUAUUGAAGGAUCUGAGAAUCCAAGUGGGGCAUCGGUGGCUGCUUCCACUGAAGCCCAACUGGGAGAUUCUGUUGAAAAUCUUAGUCUUCAAGAGAAGAGUGUCAUAAUUCAGCACAAGGUGCAACAGCACAAAGCUCAGACACAGGUAUACAGGGUGAAGGAAAAGUGGGAUAAUAGCACUCUCAGUAGCAAUGUAUUGAAAUUAAAAAUCCAAAACAGACUUGAAGCAACAACAAGACGUGAGAGAGCUCUAGCCUAUGCCUUCUCUCAGCAGCUGAGAAUUUGUUCUGCCAAAAAAAAAUCAACCUGGUCUGAUUCAAAGGAGCCCAACAUGGGAUGGAGCUGGCUUGAGAGAUGGAUGGCCACCCGCAUGCCCGAAAAUUCCUUGGCAGAGGACUGUUUGAACAAGCACUUUGAUCCCAUUUCCACUUUCCAGAGAUCAACAAUCAUCAAGAAGAGGUUUGACAUAGCCAUCGAGGAAAAGGAAAGUUGUGGUUCUAAUGAUGUAUCUGUGAACUUUGAUAGUUCUACCACACCUUCUCAGACACCUAGAGAUGGCAACAGAUCAGUUAAAAGCAGGUUCAAGGCUACAAGAAGUGUCUUGCGAAGAAAAACAGUGCCAGAUUAUCAUUAUAUGACACGGUCAAGCAAGGCAAGCAAGAGGGACUUUUUGAAAGAAGUUGAGAAAGAGAAGAGAUGCAAGCAAGUGCAACCAAAGAACAAAGUGGAGCUCAACGCAGAAGCUUCUCAAGUUCCAUCAGACUACUGGAUGAACAGUUGUAUAUAAUGUUCCGGGGAGGUGGAUUUAAGGUACUGGCUUAUUUUUGUUCUUUGAUGGUUUCAGUGACUCAUUGCUGGCAUAGUAGUAUUCCAUGGAAUCUAUCUGAAGCUACUAGGCUUCCAUCAGCUUUUCUGUUUUCUAUUUUAUUCAUGUACAACUAAAGCAAGCAGUUCAGGGAAUUGUCCAAAGAUACAGUACUAGAGUGUUGGUUUGAAGUCUUAUGGUUAUGGAUCUAUGAAACAAUAGCACGAGCUAUUCUGCAAUAAUUAUUCUUCUCAUAAAAA